CAUAAAGCUGCGCUCGUGCAUUUGUUGUGAUUCGGCUGGAGAAAGGUCUGUGCUUAAGUUCGUAAAUCCGUGCGAUCUGUUCUAUCAACUUACGCGUUUUUACAAGCUACAUAAAGUAAAUGGAUCCAUCUUAAAUGUUGUAAUACUUUUUUAAAGUAUUAUUAACAGAGAAGUUGCGUCUCAUUUCGCUCCCGGUAUCGUGAAUGAGUACAUCGUUCAAGUCUAGGAAAGAACCGAGAGAAACCGAGAAUCCGAAUCCUCUGAACCGAGUCAUUCGUAAAGUGAUUCAGUGAUUCGAAUCAGCGCGAGAACACAAACUGUGUAAUGCUAACUUUAACAAACCAGCUGCAGAUGUUUUCAUGAAAGUGUAACUUAUUUAAUAUUGUAUACAGAUAAUUGAAUACCAAGUAUAAGUCAUAAAUACCUAAAUAUGAACUUUAUGUAUAAUUAUUAGUGUAUUUUAAUCCGGUCAUUUAAGUCCAUUAACUCUGCUGAACUUGGGAGCUUAUUGAGAUGCACCCAGAGAUGCAGUUUGAGUUUAUUUUAGAGAAUAGUUUACUUUCUGUUAAUUACUCUCAUCUCAAAUAGGACAAAGAAAAAAACUCCUGCUGAAUCAACUGAGAUCCAUGUAACACUGUUAUAAAGAUGGAGUUUAUUAAAGAAGAGAGUGAAGACAUAAAGAUUGAAGACACAUUCAGAGUCAAACAUGAAGAAACUGAGGAACAAACAGACCUGAUGGCACUGAAAGAGGAGAGUCAAGAACUGAAUGAAACAGAAGAGAAAGAUGAAAAUGAGAAACAUGAUUUCAAAACUGAAGAAAAAUCGAUUAGUUGCUCACAGACAUCCUCACCAGAAAAAGCUCAAAAAACACAAAACACAAACCUUAGGCCAUUCACCUGCCAACAGUGUGGAGAGAUUUUCAUUUGCAAAGAAAGCCUUGAAGUCCACGUGAAAAUUCACAUGGAAAAGAAGCCAUUAAUAUGCCCUCAGUGUGGAAAAUGUUUUACACGGAAAAAUCACCUUAAUGACCAUGUGAGAACUCACACUGGAGAGAAACCUUUCACCUGCGAACAGUGUGGAAAGAGUUUCACAAGUAAAGGAAACCUUAAUUCCCACAUGAGAAUUCACACUGGAGAGAGACCUUUCACCUGCCAACAGUGUGGACAAAUGUUCAGACGAAAAGAAAGCCUUGAAGUCCACAUGAAAAUUCACAUUGAAAAGAAGCCGCUCAUAUGUCCUCAGUGUGGAAAGUGUUUUACAUGGAAAAGUAAACUUAAUGCCCACAUGAGAAUUCACACUGGAGAGAAACCUUUCACCUGUGAACAGUGUGCAAAGUGUUUUACACACAAAACACAACUUAAUGCCCACAUGAAAAUUCACACUGGAGAGAAGCCUUUCCCCUGCAAACUGUGUGGGAAGAGUUUCACGCAUAAAGUAAAUCUAAAGACUCACCUGAGAAUUCACACUGGAGAGAGACCUUUCACCUGCCAACAGUGUGGAAAGAGCUACAGACAUAAUGUCAACCUUAAUAAUCACAUGAAGAUUCACUCUAGACAAAUUUUUAACUGUCAUCAGUGUGAAAGGAGUUUCACAGACAUGAAUCACCUCAAGAAUCAUGUAAUAGCUCACACCAGUGGAGAGUCUUUCAUGUGCCAUCACUGUGGAAAGAGUUUCUCAAGAAGAGAGAUCCUCAAUAUUCACAUGAGAGUUCACACUGGAGAGAAACCUUUCACCUGCAAACAGUGUGGAAAGAGCUUCACUGUUAGAGGAAACCUUAUUACUCACAUGAGAAUUCACACUGGAGAGAAGCCUUACAAGUGUCCUCAGUGUGAGAAGAGUUUCACAUAUAAAAGCAGCAUGAAACUGCAUUCGCAAACUCAUUCUCAGAAGAAAUCAUUAUCUUCCUCAGAGUGACGAGGUUUAGAAAAAGCAGUGAUUUCUACAAACAUCUGCACAUUCAUUUUGGAAGACAAUUUAAUUGUGAAAAAAAUCAUAGCAAAAUGACAUUAACAUUGAAAUAUUUUUAGAUUAAAGUCAUAGCAAAGCCCCAGUAUAUUGCAUGAAAACUUUAAUUAAUGUGAAAAUUCAACCAACUACACUGCAAAAAAACAUCUGUGGUGUCCAUCCUUUCAUUCUUCACAUGUAUUAUAAACAGCAAUAAAAUGUUCUAAAGGUUGAAGUGGGCUCCAGCUCGUGAACUUAAGUAAUACUGUUGUCUUUUCUGAGGUAAAUAACGUUAAGUGACUACUCACGAGAUGUUUUAUUCAUGGUAUAAUAAUUGAUUGAAAAAUAACCCCCCCCCCCCCUUUUUACAUUAUGUAAUUAUAAGUCUCUAGUGUCCCCAGAAUGUGUCUGUGAAGUUUCAGCUCAAAAUACCCCACAGAUCAUUUAUUAUAUCAUUUUGAGUGGAAGCAGAAACACUCUGUCUCUUUAAGUGCAAAUGAGCUGCUACUCCCCGCCCCCUUUUCCAGAAUAGAGCUUCUUCAUUACAGCUCUGACCUGCUAAAAAAAUCUGUUUUGGUUCUGAUUAUCAUGUUUAUUGCGCUGAAAUUAUGCAUUUUAAACCCUAUUAGUUUAAGCUUUUGAUUUUCUGAGAGCACACAUCUAAAGCACAUGGACAGAAAACGUCUGUCACAGCAUGUGAGUACUAAACUAGUUUACGUUAAAAACAC